GCUAGCUCGACUCCCCCUUGCGGGCCGUGCGCAUUGCACCCCUGGCUCUCUGCGCGCCCUUGCAGCACCCUUCCGCCUGAUCUCGCGGCCCUCGCCUAGCGCCAACAACUCUGGUAGCAACCUUACUGGCUCGUCGCUCAUCGCGCGUGUGGCCGGGCCGGAGCGUCUGUGCGCAAGCCGCGACCUGCACACCCGUGCGACAGCCCCCGCCGUGUUCACCCCAACCACCAUGGUCAAGGACCAUUCCUCGCUCGCCAACUUCCACGAGGUCCGAGUGACCCACAGCGCCUAUGAGCUGGACGUGAACCUGGACAGCAGGGUGGUGGAGGGCUACGCGCAGCUGGACGCGGUGGCAGAGGUGGACGGUCCGCAGGAGCUGGUGCUGGACACACGCGGCCUGGCCGUGCGGCGGGUGGAGCUGCUGGAGACGGGGGGAGCGGGCGGUGGUGGAGGUGGAGGUGCAGGCGGUGAUGGCACGCCCCCGCAGGCGCUGACGUACAGGCUGGCGGAGCCACACGCGGUCCUGGGCUCCGCGCUGCACGUGUCGCUGCCCGCCGGUCUGUCGUCCGGACUGCGGCGCGGCGACAGGCUGCGGCUGGGCGUGCGGUGGGCCACCUCGCCAGACAGCUCAGCCAUACAGUGGCUGGCUCCCGAGCAGACCGCGGGCGGCAAGCACCCCUACCUGUUCACGCAGUGCCAGGCCAUCCACGCGCGCUCGCUGGUGCCGUGCCAGGACUCGCCCGGCGCCAAGAUGAGCUACAGCGCUGUGGUGCGGGUGCCCGCGCCCCUCACCGCACUCAUGUCCGCGGUGCCGGAGGAGGCGCCGGCAGAGGGUCUGUCCGCCCACAUGGCUGACGUAAAGCCGCCCUACCCCACCAGCACCUUCGCCUUCACGCAAAAGGUCCCCAUCGCGCCCUACCUGGUGGCGUUGGCGGUGGGCGACCUGGUGAGUCGCGACCUGGGCGCCCGCACCCGUGUGUGGAGCGAGCCGGCCAUGGUGGAGGCGGGCGCGCACGAGUUCGCAGAGACAGCCAAGUUCCUGGAGGCCGGUGAGGCCAUCGCGGGCGAGUACGUGUGGGGCCGCUACGACCUGCUGCUACUGCCGCCCUCCUUCCCCUACGGCGGAAUGGAGAACCCCUGCCUCACAUUCGUCACGCCCACACUGCUAGCCGGGGACCGCUCCCUGACCAAUGUGGUUGCGCACGAGAUCGCCCACUCCUGGACCGGCAACCUGGUCACCAAUGCCUCCUGGGACCACUUCUGGCUCAACGAGGGCUUCACGGUGUUUCUGGAGCGCAAGAUCGUGGGGCGGCUGCAGGGCGAGGCUGCCUUCCAGUUCCACGCCGCACAGGGCGCUGUGGCCCUGGCUGCCGAGGUGGAGCGGCUGGGCCCCGAGCACCCCUACACACGCCUGGUGCCGGACUACAGCGGCGGCAUUGACCCCGACGACGUCUUCUCGCGCAUCCCCUACGAAAAGGGCUUCUACUUCCUCUACUACCUGCAGGAGCUGGUGGGUGGCUCCGUCAGGUUCGACCCCUUCCUAUCCGACUACAUCGCGGCACACCGCCACCAGACCCUCACCAGCGACCAGUUCAAGGCCUACUUCCUAAACUACUUCAAAGACGUGCCGGCGGCGCAGACGGUGGACUGGCAGACCUGGCUGUACGGCACCGGCAUGCCGCCCGCCACCAACAGCUACGACACCACACUGGCGCAGCAGGCCUACGACUUGGCGCUCAAGUGGCACACGUGCGACGUCAUGGGCAUUGGCAGCGACGGACCCGCGGGCGCCUCCGCAGCUGACGUGGCGGGCUGGAGCAGCGAGCAGCUGGUGGCGUUCCUGGAGAAGCUGGGGCAGUACCGCGCCGUACAGGCCAUGAGCCCGCGGGUCACACAGCGGCUGGCGGAGCUGUACGGCAUCUACGACUCCAAGAACGCCGAGAUCAGGUUCGCGUUCUUCAAGCUGGCCAUCCCGGCACGUGACGCCCGGGCGCUGCCGCACGUGGCGGACAUGCUGCGGACCCAGGGCCGCAUGAAGUUCCUCAGGCCGCUGUACCGCUCCCUGUUCAGUCGCGGCGGCCCCGAGGGCAAGCAGCUGGCGCUCGACACCUUCGCGGCGGUGGGCGGCAGCUACCACCCCAUCGCCAAGAAGAUGGUGGCGGCGGACCUGGGGCUGUGAAGUGUGUGAGUGUGUGAGUGUGAGCAUGGGUGCAGAUGGGCCGAAGGUAGGCGGCGGCUGCUGAUGUGGCUGGUGGGCUGAAGCGUUGCUUGGGUUGUGGUUGGGUGGAUGGGUGCAUUGGGUACUCGGGUGGAUGGGUGCAUUGGCGGUUUGUUGGUGUUUGGUUGUGUGCAUCCAGCUGGGUAUGAAGCCGAAAGGACAGCGGGGAGGAAGCGGGCGGCGCACGCAAGUACGGGUGUGCGCGGAAUGGAUGGUGGCUGUUGGGCAGUUAGGGUUGACCAGCAGGGGUAGAUGCAAGCAAUCCAAACAGACCAUGGCGGCAAUGGUGGCCUUACUUAUGGGAGGUAAUACCGUAUACGUCGUCCUGAUCCAUACCCGCCGGCUGCCUUGAGACCCCGUUCACCCGCUCAUCAUCAGUGACCCCUUCCGAGCAACUCCCAUGGUGAAUCAAUCCUUCCGAGGAAGAGGAGCGAGCGAGGAACAUGAGGAGCAGGACGCCAGGGCUGCUGAAGGGAUGGGAUAGGAUUGGAGGAUGGGCGAGCGGGCUUGCAUUGUUGGGGAGGAAUAGUUGGCGUUUGAUACGUAUCGAACAUUGUGGGGUUCGUGCAUUUCGGUGCAUACGGAGCGACAGGUAAGGGCCCCGCCGCCACGGAGAUGCCGCUGGCAAGCGCGGUAGGUAAGUAAGGGUGUGGGUCAGUCAGCAGGAAAGAGAGCUGUAGCUACCUAGACAGAUGCAUGAAUGAGACAUAAGACAUGAAUC